AAACUGUUACUUCCUCUAUGAGCGCGCGCCUCAGUGUUGCGCUUCCAAGCGGGAGCGCGCACGCCGGGGCCGAAGGGGCGGGGCCGCGCGGAGUCAGCGCAGCCAGGGAUGAGAAACUUGUCCCGGAUAUUUACCUACUACCUACCCUACCUACCUGGCUCCUCCGACGCACCCCGUCCCGAGGUUUCCACAACGGGGACAUGAACCGUCUCUGAAGCGACGCCACUGAGGUAUCAACGCCCUCGUUUUCUUUUUUUUUCCUGUGUUUUUUUUUCUUUUUCUUUUUUUUUCUUUUUAAAGCUUUUCAGGGAAACUUGGCCAAGCUGAGAGGCUACGAGGACUGCCGUGGCUGGAGGAAAGUUUUCCUGCGGUGUGUGUUCCUCCUUUUGGGUGUAGCUGUGGAGGACUCCGGGCUGUCAACAGGUCCCUUGUUUCGCGCUGGGGCUCAAAGUACAGCGAGGUCACCGCAGAGUUCAUUAUCGACAGGCUGGUAUUGUCGGAGGAAACUUGUGUGAGAGGGAUUCGUUAAUUUGUUCAGCUGGACAUUCGUCGCUGUACACAUGUCCCCCCUCGAUGACGAGCUGAGGGCAGGGUGUUUGUCUUGAGACGGAGGCAGCGUUGCCGUGGUAACAGACAUGCCAAAACCGGACCUGCUCUGCCUGGUUCAGCUGCUGGACGGCACUAUCGAAACCUUCAGAGUCAGCAAGCAGGAUGAAGGCGUGGUUCUGUUGGACCUAGUAUGUGACCACCUGGGCCUGCAGGAGAGGCAGCUCUUCAGUCUGCAGAUCAGAGAAUCCAGCACAGCCAUCGCCUCGAUCCCAGCCAACAAGCACUCUCCUAGAUGGUUGGAGCCAGAGAAGCCCCUGAAGAAGCAGAUAAAAGGUCUUGCGUCUCCCUUUUAUUUGAACUUGAGAGUGCGAUUUUUCAUCUCUGAUCCCAAUUCUCUGCAGCAUGAGCAAACAAGGCACCUCUACUUCCUCCAGAUCAGGAGCGACAUUAGAGAAGGACGGUUGCAGUGCCCACUGAGUGCGGCUGUAGUGCUGGCUUCUUACGCCGUGCAGUCGGAGAUGGGGGAUCACUGUCCGUCCCGACUACCUGGUUACCUCUCAAAAUGCCACUUCAUCCCUGAACAGGAUGAAGACUUUGUGUCUAAAGUGGAGGAUCUGCAUCCACAGCACAAGGGGCUUAAGCAGUGCGAGGCUGAGCUGUGUUUUCUCAACACAGCACGGACGCUGGAGUUGUAUGGAGUGGAGCUGCAUGCCGCCGUGGGUGCCAGUAACGCCCCUCUGAUGGUGGGUCUGGCCUCAAGUGGUGUUGCAAUAUUCUGCAACAUGAUUUGCUCCAGUUUCUUCCCUUGGGGGAACAUCAUCAAGAUUUCGUUUAAGAGGAAACGCUUUCUAAUACAUCUGAAACGUAAACAUGGUGAGACCCAGGACUGUGAGGUGUCUCUGGCUCUGCCUUGUCCGAAGACUUGUAAAAACCUGUGGCGCUCCUGCGUGGAUCAUCACUCUUUCUUCUCCUCUAACCGGAAUACCAGGAGCCCCAAAUACAACAACAGCACAAUUCAGUCCUACAGAAAACUCAUAACACAACACCUGGGCCUCAGCCACAGCAAAACCGAGGGUGGUCCAGUGUGCCAGCGCGUGGUUGGAGGGAUGGUGUGGAACCCAGUCCUGCCGAGGUCAGUUUCCUCAGAGCAUCUCGAGACCAAGAGUCUGCCCUCAAGAUCGCCCCCAACUACCCCCAACUGGCGCAGUCCUCGGGUUCGCCACGGCAUCCGCAAGCCUCGCCCGUCCUCGGUGGAGCUGACCAACGACCUGAAAGACAUGUCGGAGGGCGAGGACGUCUUCUACACGUACAGGGCAUCUAUGGGCAGCAGCAAGGACAGCGAAGGAGACGCGUCGCCUCACCGCCAUUCUGGCUCUCACAACCAGGGACCAAAUGAUGGUUUGUUGCAACAUGAUGACAGUAUAGGAGACGACGACAGCUUACCUCACUAUGAUAAGGGUGCUCUCGGAGACGGGGACUUGAUGCUAAUAUGUCUCAGCCCCGAUCAUGAGGGCAAGUUUGGCUUUAAUGUUAAAGGUGGAGUGGACCAGAAGAUGCCUCUAGCCAUAUCCCACGUUAAACCUGACUCGCCGGCAGGUCGCUGUGAACCCAAACUCCUUGAGGGCGACCUGGUGGUUCUCAUCAACGGUCGAGACAUUUCCGAACACACACAUGACCAGGUCGUCAUGUUCAUACGAGCCAGCAGGGAGUCGCACUCCAGAGAGCUGGCUUUGCUUAUCAGACGUAAAGGUCCUGGCCGGACGGCACCCCUGCUGCAGCUACCUCCCGCCCUCACACUCACCGUCCAGACGCAGGAGGACAAGCGACUUUCGCCCGGCCAUUCGCCCGGCCAUUCGGAGCGGGUCACAACUCUGGAGGAAUCCAUGAGACAGCUGGAGAGAGGGAUACAGUCUGGCACACUUUGUUUCCAUUUUGAGAAUUUAUACAGGAGGAAGCCCGGUUUGUUGCUGAGCUGUGCUCACCUCCCCGAGAACAUGGACAAGAAUCGAUAUAAGGAUGUUUUGCCUUAUGACGCCACCAGGGUGGUGCUGCGGGGUCACGAGGACUACAUCAACGCCAGCCACAUCACGGUGGCGCCCCCAGUGUCUGGUGUAUGUUUACGUUACAUUGCAGCUCAGGGUCCAUUGCCACAGACCUGCACUCACUUCUGGCAGACUGUUUGGGAGCAACAGACACACACCAUCAUCAUGCUUACAACUCUAACAGAGAGGGGACGGACCAAGUGCCACCAGUACUGGCCUCAUCCGCCGGAAGCAAAGGACUACGGGUACAUGCGGGUGAAGUGUCACUCGGAGGAGUGUAAUCUGGCGUAUGUGACGCGACAGUUCACCCUGACACACACACAGCUGGGUGAGGAACGAGCUGUCACACACCUGCAGUAUGUCGCGUGGCCGGACCACGGCGUACCCGACGACCCUUCAGACUUCCUGCUGUUCAUCAGCUCGGUCAGGGAGCGGAGGAGAGGUGAAGAGCCUCUAAUGGUACACUGCAGCGCUGGGAUUGGACGGACAGGCGUUCUGAUCACCAUGGAAACGGCGCUGACUCUGUUGGACGAGGGUCGGCCGGUGUUCCCGCUGGACAUUGUCAGAACACUCAGAGACCAGCGAGCCAUGAUGGUUCAGACCACGUGUCAGUUCCAGUUUGUGUGUGAGGCAAUCCUGCAAGUCUACAAAGAGAAACAGGAGAAAACUAAAGCCCCGUAACCCCACCCAGCAACAGGACCAGAACAGACUCACUUUUCUCCCUCUGCUCCUAGUAGGAAGCGACUCCUGCAGAGGAACCCACAGAGCUAUCUAAGAUUAACUUCUCUCAUGCUUAUAAGGCUGGGACCCAGACUGGAUAAUGAAAGUAUAACUAGCGCCACAGCACAGCUUUCUGUGAUCUGUGAGAAUAUCAAUCUUUCACCUAGUCGGCCUUAGUUUUUGCUGAAAGUGCAUUAAGCUUAUAGAGGCUGCCGUCUCCAUAGAGACUGAUGAAAGACUGAGGUGAGCUGCUAAUACCUGUACAAGAGACCACUCAGGGGUGGCGACUCUGCUUAUUAAGCUACAUGUGCCUUAGACCGAGGAUCGUUGUAAUCUGUAGUUUCAUCUGACUGGCUGACUUUGGAUCACUACAGCAGAUACAGUAAGGUCAUGGUUGUGCAGCACUGCACGUCGUCUAACAGAGGAGCACCAAAUUCACCAUUCAUCACUCUUAAAUUAUUACAACACUAAAUAAACACAUUGAUUUAUA